UGGUAAAAAGGAGCAAAAAAGUUUAGGCCAUUCCUCAUCUUAUGGUUGGCGCCACUGACUGCUGCGCCUUUAUAAAUAUACCUUGCUGUGUGAGCCACCGGAGACAACUGCGGAGACCGCGCGCUUCUGAGCUGGGUUUACGAGGGUUGAAGAAUAGGGAGCAAGUUGCCAUCAGUAGACUACACUAUGCGAGUUCUGCGAAUACAUUCGCUGCUGGGUCCAGGUAUGUUUUUCCGUUUCCAAGGAUAAGGAUUGCAUCGCUGAUGUCACGGUUGAGGACGUAGAACAGGUGCGCGGAACUAAGUUGGGACCUGGCGAAUUUUGGAAAAAGAAUUGUCACCAGGUGUAGGCUACAUUCGGGCAACAGUUGUUAAUGCUCAAUAAUUCAACGAUAUAGUAGUUCGAGGAUAUUUUGUUAAUCAAAUUGAUACAUCGACUCUGUCUCAAGUGGAGUAGCGUAUCCUAGGCUAUAUAGACAUAACUACGGAUCAGUACAACAUUUACUUAUUGGAUAUUGUGCGUAAUAAGCUAUUAGACAACGGUUUCAGACCGAUUCACUGAAAGUAAACAGUAGGCUACUCAUUCAUAAGUAGAGCUUCAUUGCCCAGCCACCCAAGAAUUUAGCGCGAGUUACAACACCAGCUUCCCAGCGAUCGAUCUUGCCUCCUGCGAUAACACUGACGCAGAUAAUUGUGCACUACAGUCUACCAUUGUAUUGUAGACACUCGGGUGAUGUUCCAGUAAUUCAAUGGACAGGAUGUUCAUAUGGAUAAUGCUUUGAAAUGACAUCUGCUCAAGGAAUGGAAUACAACCACAGUGAGCAGAUUGCCUCAUCUCAGCAUCUCUGUGCAAAAAUAAUAUUUUGCAUGAUUGCGUUUUAGGAACAUAACUGCUUGUCUCGUCUCUCAAACAACCAGUGUCUGGGACUCUAAAGGUUUACAAGAGGGAUUAAACAUGUCCAAAACGCUGAAGAAGCACUGGUCAGGCAGAGUCCAGGAGUGCGCCGUGUCAUGGGGGAAUGCUGGGGAGUUCGGCUCGGUUGUGGAGGUACGAGGGGGAGCGGAGCUAGGAUACUUCCCGUACCUGGGACAGGUGAUUACCGAGGCGAUAGUCUGUCACGUCGGGAGGUUACCGAACAGCGGAGACGUGCUUCUGGAAGUGAACAGCACCCCUGUCAGCGGCCUGACCAACCGAGACACCCUUGCUGUCAUCCGCCACUUUCGUGAGCCCAUCCGUAUCAAGACCGUCAAACCAGGCAAGGUGCUGAAUACAGACCUGCGUCACUACCUCAGCCUGCAGUUCCAGAAAGGCUCGCUGGACCACAAGCUCCAGCAGGUGAUCAGGGACAACCUGUACCUGCGCACCAUUCCCUGUACCACGCGGCAGCCCAGAGAGGGGGAGGUUCCUGGAGUGGACUAUAACUUCAUCAGUGUGGUUGAGUUCCGCGUGCUGGAGGAGAGUGGCCUGCUGCUGGAGAGUGGAACCUACGACGGGAACUACUACGGGACGCCCAAGCCCCCAGCAGAGCCCAGCCCGGUGCAGCCUGACCUGGUAGAUCAGGUGCUGUUUGACGAGGAGUUUGAUACAGAGGUCCAGAGGAAACGCACCACCUCCGUCAGCAAGAUGGACAGGAAAGACAGUGCAGCCCCCGAGGAGGAGGAUGAGGAGGAGAGAGAGAGGUCUCCCCUGGUCAACGGACUCACAGAGCACAAGGACAAGGCUGGACAGGAGUGGAGGAAGGCUGUGCCCAGCUAUAACCUGUCCAGUAGUGGGGCCAUGGACUUCCGGACCUGGAGCACCUUAUCACGUGACGAGAGCCAGGAACCCCUGCCCAAGACCUGGGAGAUGGCCUACACAGAGACGGGCAUGGUCUACUUCAUAGAUCACAACACCAAGACCACUACCUGGCUGGACCCCAGGCUGGCCAAGAAGGCCAAGCCCCCAGAGACGUGUGAGGAUGGAGAACUUCCGUAUGGCUGGGAGAAGAUUGAGGACCCACAGUAUGGAACCUACUACGUGGACCAUAUCAACCAGAAGACCCAGUUUGAGAACCCAGUCCUGGAAGCCAAGAGGAAACUGAGCCUGGACACCCCCUCCCCUGGCCCGCAGGGGGCUAACACACCCUCAGAUGAGCCUGUUGUGGGUGUGAGGGGUUUCGUACGGGACCCAGCCCAUCUCCAGGGCUCCAUUCUGAGGACAAAUCUGAGGAAGAGCCCCCAGGGGUUUGGCUUCACCAUCAUUGGGGGCGACCGCCAUGACGAGUUCCUCCAGGUGAAGAACGUGCUCCAAGACGGGCCCGCCGCGCACGACAACAAGAUGACCUCUGGUGAUGUCAUCGUGGAAAUCAACGGGCUGUGUGUCCUGGGGAAGACUCAUGCUGACGUGGUUCAGAUGUUCCAGUCUAUCCCAGUCAACCAGUAUGUGGACAUGGUGCUGUGUCGGGGUUACCCCCUCCCUGAGGACCCCAGUGGGAGUGACGACACCUCCUCAGGGGACGUAGCCACGGCCCUGGCCCCCGAAGCAACCUCUUCACUUUCGACCUCUAACCCCCAGGAGAUACAAUAUAUCACCAGCCCAAACGGCACCCUCCCAAGACAGACAACAGCUGCAGUCCCAGCCAUGACCAACGGGGGGCGCCACUACUAUGAGAGUCCAGACCCCACGCUGCUGCAGCCGGAGCUGGUGGGCGUACCCCUGGUGAAGGGGCCGGGAGGGUUCGGCUUUGCCAUCGCAGACUGCCCCCUGGGUCAGAAGGUGAAGAUGAUCCUGGACGCCCAGUGGUGUCAUGGCCUGCUGAAGGGUGAUGUAAUCAAGGAGAUCAACCGUCAGAACGUUCAGACACUGAGCCACUCCCAGGUGGUGGACAUCCUUAAAGACCUACCUGUGGGGAGUGAGGUCAACGUGCUAGUCCUUAGAGGAGGUCAGACAUCUCCCGUGAAGUCUCUAAAACCAUGCACUGCUCCCAUGUCGCAGCAGAGGCAGGAGAGAAAGGAGAAGGAGAAGACAACCAGCACAGAGACCCUCAGCCCCCCAGAGCCAGCCCUGGCCCCCACCCCACAGCCCCUUCCCUUUCCCCUCAACACCAUGCACUCUGCCAAGCCUGACCCCUCAGAACUCUACCUCAAGUCCAAGGCCCUGCUGGACAGCAAACCCCCCAACACCAAGGACCUAGAUGUGUUCAUCAAGAGGAACCAGGAGUCAGGCUUUGGUUUCCGAGUCUUAGGAGGAGAGGGGCCAGACCAGCCCGUGUACAUUGGUGCCAUCGUGCCCCUGGGCGCAGCAGAGAAGGACGGACGUCUUCGGGCAGGUGAUGAGCUCAUGUGUAUCGACGGGGUGCCAGUCAUGGGCAAGUCUCACAAGCAGGUGCUGGAUCUGAUGACCAACGCUGCCCGCAAUGGACAGGUCAUGCUGACAGUCCGCAGGAAACUGGCACACACAGAGGGCAGUGGAGAGGAGGAUGGUGGUAGUGGUCAGCAGCAGGUGGCUCCAGCCCUGGUCAAUGGCUCCCCCAAGCUGCCCUGCAUCCAGGUUCCUACAGCCAGCUCCCCCCACCACCCAGAAUGCUACGACAUCACCCUGCAACGCAAAGACAACGAAGGCUUCGGCUUCGUCAUCCUUACCUCCAAGAACAAGCCUCCUCCCGGAGUUAUCCCUCACAAGAUUGGUCGCAUCAUCGAGGGCAGCCCCACAGACCGUAGCGGUCAACUGAAGGUGGGCGACCGUAUCUCAGCGGUCAACUCCCAGUCCAUCAUGGAACUGUCCCACAACGACAUCGUCCAACUCAUCAAGGAGGCCGGCAACACUGUCACCCUCACUGUGGUGCCGGAGGAUGAGAAUAGUGGUCCUGCAUCUGGAACCAGUUCAGCCAAGCAGAGCCCUGCAGCACAGCACAGAGCUAUGGGCCAGCAGCCUGCCAGCCACACUGACAGGAAUGGAGACACCCUGGAGUAUAAGUCCCUUCCACCCAGUGAGAUGGGACAACUCAUCACCUUAGACACCAAGCAGGGCGGUUUCCACGUGGAGCUGGAGCGAGGCCAGCGGGGGUUUGGCUUCAGUCUACGGGGAGGGAAGGAGUACAACAUGGGCCUGUUCAUACUGAGGCUGGCGGAGGAGGGCCCUGCACUGAAGGACGGCAGGAUACACGUAGGAGAUCAGAUUGUGGAGAUCAACGGUGAGCCCACCCAGGGCAUCACACACACCCGGGCCAUCGAGCUGAUCCAGGCUGGGGGCACCAAGGUCCUGCUGCUCCUCAGACCUGGCCUGGGCCGGGUGCCCGACCCCAGUAUGAAGGAGAAAGUGAACAUUUCACCCUCAAGCUUUCCUAGACUCUCUGCAUCUGACGAGCAGUCAUCCCCCGCUUCUCCAUUCUCCAUCUCCCUGUCCACCUCCGAGCUGCCCUGCCCCUCCUCCACCAACAACUCUGCCCCCGAGGAGCCCUCUGACUGGGAAACGUCUGCUGCCGCUGCACCCUCCCCCUCUAGGCUGCUGGAGCCCAACAAGGCCAGAGGGCAGCAGCCUCACCACCAUAGCCAGAGGAGAGCCAACAGCCCCAACAACAACACCCUCCCCAAGAAAAGUGAUUCCAUCACCUCCCACAGCAACAAGCAUGCUAACCCCAAGAGAUCCACCGAAGGCCGGGCUGAAACCAAGGAGCGCUCCCAGAGCCCCAGGAAGACCGACAGAGUAGACCGAGACAAGGCAGGGAGUGCUGAACACAAGAACGGCUCAGUGGAGGGAGACCUGAGCAGGGAGAGGAAGGCCCAUGGCCAGAGCGAGGGCCGGAAGGAUCGAGAGGGCCGCUCUUCCAGCCCCAGGAACACAACAUCAAAGAGGGAUCCGGAGGCAGCAGUCUCCAGGCAGCCCUCGAAGGGCCAGGAGGGUCAGAGGCGCUCUAGGGGGCAGCAUCCCAGCUCCAACCCUGCCUCUGGUGAGGGCACUCAGGGGAGAGAAAGAAGACGUAAGGAAGAGGACCCCUCUCACAGACAGGAGAGAGAGACGGGAACCAGCGAGCGCCGCAGGAAGGACAUGGGGGUGGGGCGAGAGGCGGAGCCUCAUAGAUCCCACUCCCAGACACAGAAGGAGAAGGCAGGGCCAGUCUCAGAGGGCGGAACCCUGAAUCGGAGAGAGAGGAGUCAGAGAGAGGGCAAACACAGAGAGGCAGCGGAGGAAGAGAAUCAGAGGGACACCAGGGAUAGCACCAGUAGUGCUGCUAGCCAGGACCCUACAUGCAACAGGAACCCCAGCAGCAAGAAGCAGGCCACCAUCACCCCAGGGCCUUGGAAGGUCCCUAGCUCAGCCAAGAUCCACUCUCAUGUGGAGGGAAACUGAUGCAUCGUAGACAGACUAACCUGUCCAUAACAGAUACAUACACGGCUUCUACAGUUCUGCUUAUCUGCAGCAUGAUGACAUUUAGAAUGGACCAAUGAGGAUUGAGAGGAUUUAGGCUAUUUUGCAUCACUGUGUUACUCCUUAUCAUCACAUUGCCUCCUAUUGCAUAUCAGUGCUUCUUUUCACAGUUUGCUACAGGCUGUUUUUAUGUCCAGAGUUCAGUCAGUUUGUGGCUCUGCAGAGUCGGUGCCUGUCUGAUGAUCUGGAGGAUGUGAAGUCCAAAUCUGUUUUGUGCCAAUCAGAGACUCCGACAUGCUGGGAGGAAGUUGGUCCAUGUCAUGUGAUGUAUCGUCCUUUCUGUGAUGUGAAACUCUUUUGUAGUUGAAUGAAAGGAGAUGCUUCCUCUUCUCUGAUGCUGGCUUUGAUGAAGGAUGUUGUUGUUUAUCACUAUGAAGGUUUAAAAGACAGACUCUUAUCCAGGCAAUCACUCAGCGUUUUGUGUUCCUUGUGGCUGGUGGGAUUGAUCCACUGCUAUGUACCAGAUGGAUGUAUAAAGAGGUGAUGGUGAUUUCUCCUCAAGUCACUGGGAGAUGAGGGGGUUUGGGUUUUCAAUCAUUUUCUGUCCAUAUCUAGAAAUCCAGUCCAGACAUGUUAACUGGGUGUGUAGGCUACACGCUCUGUGUAGACUCUGAAUCACUGUUGUCAUCAGCUUUGCAGUGGAUUUUAGAUCAUUACGGAAAAGCUUUAUAUGCAUAUCUAUCUGAAGACCAGACACUUGUGGUUAGGUAUAUUGUUUACUACUACACGUGUGUUUAUUAUGAAGCAUAUUGUAAUUUAUUGAGAUUAAAUGACAAAGAAUAAGUAUUAAUGUAUCCAUACUGAGCCAUUCCAUAUUUUGAUGUAUUGACCACAGGAGGUUGGUGGCACCUUAACUGGGGAGAAUGGGCUCGUGGUAAUGACUGGAGCGGAAUCAGUGGAAUGG